AGAUAUGUGUGUGUGGUAAGUUAUUAGAGGUUGUGUAAAAGACAGAGUCAUGUAGCAGGUAUGUGUGUGUGGUAAGUUAUUAGAGGUUGUGUAAAAGACAGAGUCAUGUAGCAGGUAUGUGUGUGUGGUAAGUUAUUAGAGGUUGUGUAAAAGACAGAGUCAUGUAGCAGGUAUGUGUGUGUGGUAAGUUAUUAGAGGUUGUGUAAAAGACAGAGUCAUGUAGCAGGUAUGUGUGUGUGGUAAGUUAUUAGAGGUUGUGUAAAAGACAGAGUCAUGUAGCAGGUAUGUGUGUGUGGUAAGUUAUUAGAGGUUGUGUAAAAGACAGAGUCAUGUAGCAGGUAUGUGUGUGUGGUAAGUUAUUAGAGGUUGUGUAAAAGACAGAGUCAUGUAGCAGGUAUGUGUGUGUGGUAAGUUAUUAGAGGUUGUGUAAAAGACAGAGUCAUGUAGCAGGUAUGUGUGUGUGGUAAGUUAUUAGAGGUUGUGUAAAAGACAGAGUCAUGUAGCAGGUAUGUGUGUGUGGUAAGUUAUUAGAGGUUGUGUAAAAGACAGAGUCAUGUAGCAGGUAUGUGUGUGUGGUAAGUUAUUAGAGGUUGUGUAAAAGCCAGAGUCAUGUAGCAGGUCAGGGCGUAGUUAUAGAACCGUUGGGUAUCAGGACUAAAACGACAGGCAUCAGCAGUCUUCAGUCAGGCAGGUGAUAAAGGACGAGGCAUUAAACAAGUGAGUGAUUGAAGGAAAGAAUAACAAACUAUCAAUUGUCUCUCUUAAACACAGCACAGCUCUGUAGCAGGGAAUAACUCACUAAGAGUAGAAGGAUGACCUGCCACUUUUUGAGCUCCUUUGUACGGAGCCUGUCCAGGAGAAAACCUCUGGAGCCCGAGGGAGAGGAGUCCACUUUCAACCGCUGUCUGACCACCCUGGACCUGGUGGCCCUAGGGGUGGGGAGUACCCUGGGGGCAGGGGUCUACGUUCUCUCUGGAGAGGUUGCUAGGACGUCGUCAGGUCCCAGCAUCAUCAUAUCGUUCUUCAUCGCUGCCGUGGCCUCUGUCUUUGCUGGCUUGUGCUACGCUGAGUUCGGGGCCCGCGUCCCCAAAACGGGGUCUGCGUAUCUGUACAGCUAUGUGACGGUGGGAGAGCUACUGGCGUUUAUUACCGGGUGGAAUCUGUUGCUGUCCUACGUCAUUGGGACGUCCAGCGUGGCGAGAGCUUGGAGCGGAACCUUUGAUGACCUCAUCGGCAACGCCAUGGGGAACUUCUUCAAAGAAAACGUAAACAUGAACCUCCCGGGCCUCGCAGAAUACCCAGACUUCUUUGCUGCUGGACUCAUUAUGCUCCUGGCAGGUCUGCUGGCCUUCGGUGUCCAGGAAUCGGCAAUAGUCAACAAGAUCUUCACGGCCGUCAACAUCCUGGUACUUCUGUUUGUCAUUGUAGCGGGCUUCGUCAAGGGAGACAUCCGUAACUGGCAGAUCAGUCAGGAGGAGCUCAUCAACGCUACAGCAGAAUUACAGAACCUAACCUCUACAGUCAACGUGACCAGUAUGUAUGGGGCUGGAGGGUUCUUCCCGUAUGGUUUCGACGGGACAAUCUCUGGAGCCGCUACCUGUUUCUACGCCUUCGUAGGCUUCGACUGCAUCGCCACAACAAGUGAGGAGGUAAAGAACCCUCAGAAGUCCAUCCCGCUGGGCAUCGUGGCGUCUCUCCUCAUUUGUUUCCUGGCCUACUUUGCCGUGUCGGCGGCCCUCACUCUGAUGAUGCCCUACUACCUGCUGAAUGUUAACAGCCCGCUGCCCGUGGCCUUCAAGUACAUCGGCUGGGGGCCCGCCAAGUAUGUGGUGGCUGUCGGUUCACUCUGCGCCCUCUCCACCAGCCUGUUGGGUUCCAUGUUCCCUAUGCCCCGCGUGCUGUUUGCUAUGGCCAGAGACGGUCUCCUCUUCAAGCCCCUCAGUAAGGUCAGCGCCAGACAAAGUCCUGUCAUCGCUACCAUCUCCUCCGGGGUCGUAGCAGCGAUAAUGGCCCUGGUGUUUGACCUGAAAGCUUUGGUUGAUAUGAUGUCAAUUGGGACACUCUUUGCCUACACACUUGUGGCUAUAUGCAUUCUUAUACUUAGGUACCAAGAGACCCAAUCAGACGACUCAGAUCUCCAGACCCUUGAAUCAAACACCAAGUUUGGUUGUCUCAAACCACCAUCAUACCCAACAUCGGGCACCUCGAAAACAGUCACAGGUUUGACUGUACUGUCUGUGGUGUGUGUAUGCGGUCUGUGCGUCCUCCUGACCCAAGCGAUAGACGCUAUACAGCGGCAGGAGAUCUGGAGCAUGGUGUGUGUGUCCAUCGUAGCCUUCAUCCUCCUGGUCCUCGUCAUCGCCAUCUGGAGGCAUCCACAGAACCAAGCCAAGGCUGCUUUCAUGGUGCCAUUCCUGCCCGUGCUGCCGGUAGUCAGUGUGUUCGUCAACGUCUACCUGAUGGUCCAGUUAGGAGGAGACACCUGGAUGAGAUACGCCAUCUGGAUGGCCGUAGGGUUCCUCAUCUACUUUGGUUAUGGGAUCCGUAACAGCGUUCAGAAGCAGAGGAACCAGACCAGCCAGGUAAAGAUUGAGACCAUCAGCGGUGUGAUGGAAAAGGAGGCCAUCAAAGAAGAGAAGUUCUGAUGCUGAGUGGAAAGGACAGUACAGGACAAAACAGGACAGGACAUGACAACACAGGACAUGACAACACAGGACAGCACAGGACAUGACAACACAGGACAGCACAGGACAGGACAA